GACCUACUUACGAUAUUCCUUAGGUGCAGACAAUUGGGCUAUUCAUCCGUGACCGGCUCCCGAAGUUAUGGCAUCAGCUUUCCUCUUUUCUCUACCUUUCUUCAACCCCUUUCUGGGAUAGGUUACACGAUGUCGUCGUAGACUUAUUCUAGGCCACAGUCAAUCAACGGUUGUGGACCUUUGGAAUGGGCUGUGGGGCUUCCAAACUUCCUUGUUCAGGUCCACAUGCUGUCGUGAACCCGUGUCCAGUACAACGCUCGGCACCCAGCCGCCCAGCAGCAAGGCUAUUUGUGGAGUUCGCGCCUUCUGCAGAUGGCCUACAGUCGCCGUUGCCAGUCCUCAAGCCAGCGGUGCUCACUGUAGGUCCCGCACAGUCGGUUUGUGAGGCUUUCCAACGUCUGCUGGAGCUGCUGCAUCAGCAGCUGCCACAUGAUUUUCCCAACGUUCUUGAGGUGUACAGCCUCGAGCUGCAGGGUACUACCCUCUGCAGCCUCGAUGACGUGCAAGGAGGUGACAAGGGUGAGGUUAGCAAGGACGUGGACGACACCUUGUUGGACAAGCUGGGUGACGCAGCCAGUGGCACAAGAACCGUGCUUACUGCUCGUGUGCGUGAGGCAGUCGGCGGCCCGUAUGUGACGGUGAGCCUCCAGUCUGACACCGGCGAGCCCAUCACCACUAAGGUCCGGUUGGACCUUCCGCUGCUAAACGCACCAGGAGCCACCAUCGCCGACCUAGUCAGCGUAGCCGUCAAGAUUGCAGGCGGCAGGUACACGGUGAUUGAGGAGGAUGCGGAAGUCCGGGCCUUGGUGUCCAUUCCGCAUCGUGACGAAAAGGCGUUGCUGCGUACGACUGAUCCUCUCACGACGGCUUUGUGCCCAGGAGAUGCCGUCCUGCUUGAGGGUGUGACGUGCUCAGGAGCGCUUCGACCGGAGGUGGGGACUGUGAGCGGUACGCUGGCACCCAUGCAGCCAUCCUCUGGGCCGUCAAGUGCAUCCAGCCGGCCGCCUUCACCCAAGCCGCGCAAGUCGGAGAUUUUGCCAGAGCCGUCUAGGCCUUUCCGGAAUGGACAAUUGCCGCCGAUUCCUUCCGCACCGAGUCCGAACACUCUGCUGGAGAAGGUCUUUCCUUCACAACCUUGGAGUGGACGGCGCCUGCCGCCGCUUGAGCCGCAGAAGGCCCAAUCUCUUACGUCUGCAGCUACAGUGCUUGCGGCAACGUGUAAUCCAGUGACGGCGCAACCCUUGGCAACCCCAAAGUUACACCCAGAGCCGCUCCUGCAGCUUGGACUUUACCUACCUGCAGGUCAGGUUCCUGCUGAGACUCGCAUAGAUGACGUUGACAGCAGAUCAGGCGCUGGCGGACCCCUGCCCCCGGCCACCGCCACAACAGCAGUUGAUGAAAGUUUCCUUCCUGCAACAGCUGCCCGGGCCGCUCAGCGCAUGCGGGAGCUGGCUUUGGGCUCACUACCCGCACCCCUGCAGCCGAAGCGCCCGUGUGGCCAGGGAAGCGAUGCACGCCUCGCACACCUGCUGGCGUAUGCGGUGCAGGCUGUGACAACGGGCCAAGGCAAUAGGCAAGGCAUGCAGCUCGCGAAGGUUGCCGGCGCGCAUGCGGGGCAGGUGGAGGCCUGCGUCGGCGUGAUGGCCGCACUGGAGGCAAGCGGCUUGCCGCCGUUCCGAGUGCUUGUGGUGUCUCACCCGCACGAGCUGCUGCAAGCUGUCGCUGCAGUUGGAAACGGCGGUUUUGUGAGCCGCACGUCGCUCGGCCGCGGGCUGCUGCAGCACCUGAUGUUGGCCGCAACCCAACCGCUGCGCCAGCUGCUGCCAGCAGCAACCGUACAUCUCGCGCCUGAUAGCCGCAGUCACCUUGUAGUGCCCUCUGUGAUAGGCGGCCAGCUUCGACGCCAUGGAGUGGCUACGUCCAGCCCAUGCCUACAGGAGUAUGUGGACAACUUCGCUGCGAAAGGCUGGGCGCAAUACAAGAAGGACGACCUGCCAACCCCUGUGAUAAUGGAUGUGCUGAAGGAGGUGGUGGCAGGUGCUGCCGUCGGGCUUGAGCGGGUAGCGGCUUGGCUGGGGCUGCCGGCACUAGAGCUGCUGCUGACAGCGUGCAGCGCUUGGGAUGGCAGCGGCAUGGGCAUAUGCUGGUACAAGCGGAUUUCACUCCUGAUGCAACCCGAUGUGGGCCAUCCCGCUCCUGGUGCUUGCCCUCCUGUACUGUCGCUCGGUAGCAAGCAAAGUGACAGCCUUCAGAAUGUGUCCUUCCCGCCCGCACACCGGCUUCAUGCUGGCAAGCUCCAGGUAGCACGCGUGUACGUGCGUCUGGAAGGGCUGCAGCAGAUGUUGGCCCUGCUGCGUGUGCCGACGGUGCUGCCGCACUUGUCAGCAGGGGCGUCAGCGGGACCUGCACCCAGGCGUGCGGCUGGAACAUCGGCGAAAACACAAAGCGGAGGCAAUGGUGGCCGUGUGGCCUCAGCGCCGCCCGCUAAGCUGGCUAUGCGACUCGCCCAGGUGGACUUGGCGCUUGGUCGGGUCCUGCAGGCGUUCACAGCGCUCGCGGCCGUGCCACCUGAGGAGCUGGUGCUGUUGCGCACACAGGUGCCCGGCACGUUGUCUGCACUGGCGCGCUUUCUCUCUAACUCCGCAGGGCAGAUGGGUUCGCCGCUGGCGCUUUGGGUGCUGGAUGCCGGCUGCGGCAGCGACGCAGCUGUUUUGGUCGUGCAGCUGGCCACUGAGGCCAAGUGGCGUGGCGGGCGGCCUAAGAAGCAGCUUUACCCUGGUGGCAUGGUGGUGGUGGUUGGCCCGCUGUCCAGCAACACCGACGGGACCCACCCUCCAGCAGCAUCUACUUCGGCAAGCGGCAAGGGCUCUGGCGGCAGCGAGCAGGACCGGUCUGAUACAGUGCGUGACGUGCUGGUGCACAUGAUGGACAAGGCAGAGAAAUGCACUGCUCCUGAAAAGCAGGCAGCUGCGCUGCAUGCGUUGGCAGCAGUGAUACGCGCAGCCAGCCCCAAAGGAGGCAGGGACGGGCCAGCGCAACUGCAGGGCCCGCUGGCGGGACACUACCCAUUAGCGGACGUCCUGCAGCCAAAUCAGCUCGGCAGGCUGCUAUGCCUAGCAACCGGCUGUGUCACGCCAGCGUCCGCGGCAGUGCACGAAGCAACAGGCCCGGCGACCGCUAUCCCCGCACUAGCUGCCGCCGCCAACACUGGCACCACGGGCAGCGGCGGCAAUAGCAGCUGCUGCGCGCCGCUGUUGGAGCCCGCGCCCUGUCGUGCGCAUCUCCUGGCGGCGCUGAAGCCGGUGUUGCUUGACACCCUAGAUAAGGAGCCGGACGUGGCGCUGGAGCUGAUGAUGACGUGCGUGCGCCGUGCAGCGGCACCUGCACUUGAGGUGCUGCUGGGACUUGGCUACCUGGAGCAUCUCGCUGCGCCAGGGCCCUGGGGCAAGCGCAUGGCCUGCAAAGGAGACGACCCGCUGUGCCCCUCGUGUAUUGAGGAGGACGAGGGCGUUUGGGACAGUGAUGCCGAGAAGAAGGCCAUGCAGGAUCGGGCCAAGGAGGAAGCUGCACUGUGGGCACAGGAAGCCAAGGGCCCACAGUCGCCGCUUUCCUGGGCAGAGGCAGCUCAGGGUGCGCUGCUUGCUGCUUGCGUGCUUGAGCAGUCGCAUGACUGCCUGGCAGCACUGCUGGCGCGUGGCGCUUUGCCGGAUAGCCGCACCACCGGCUGGUGGAUGCUUAGCGGCAUUGUGUCUGCUGCUGCAGGCGGGCCGCGUUCUGGUGUGCCGGCUGCGGGGCCUGCGGCAAGCAGAGAGGGCCGCUUACCCGAGCACGGGCUUAUCCUGCCGUUUGCCACCUGUGGCCCGGUAUUGCCUAACAGGCGAACGGACAGCCCGCCAGUUAACAGCGCGGCUCAGGUGCGUGCCUUGCACAUCGCGGCGGACAUGGGCGAUGAGCGCUCGGCGACGCUGCUUCUGCAUGCUGGCGCAUCUACGCACCUGUGCUGCUUUGGUUGCCAGGUCCUGACAGCAAAAGGUAGAGUCGCCCCUCGUGGCGGCCGUGGCGGCCAUGGUGAUGGUGGCAGUGACAACGAGCAGAAUGCCAGCAAUGACGCCGCGGGGCCAGCUCCUGAGCUGUUGUCGGCUCUGGACCUUGCGGAGCUUCAUGGUACCUCGGGGCUUGUGAGAAGGAUGCGGGAAGCUGCACCGCUGGCUGGGGCGGCGCUGGCGCCCCUGCGCUUCGUGCGGCUGCAGCUUGGCAGCGUGCUGCUCUGCAGCACCGUGCGCGUGCUUCGCCUCGCAGGAGCGGGCCUGCGCUCCAACGACGUGGCGGACCUGUGCAGUGCGCUGCAGGUGUCGCCCGCUCUGAAGACGCUGAAGCAUUUAGACCUGCGGUUCAAUGAGCUGGCCACGCCACGAGCGGCAACAGGAUCAUCGCCAUCGGCUACCGUGGACGAGCAUGGCCUGGUCGCGCUUUCCUGCCUGCUACGAGCAGAACGUGCCGCGCUACGCGAGCUGCACCUGCUUGGGCCUGCCUGGCAGACACCAUCGGUGUUGGCCACGCCUGCCGCCGCUGGCCUGGUUGUGGCGUUGCUGGGGCCCUUGUGCGGUGUCACGCAGCUGGACUCUCUGGCGCUGACUCGUGGCUCCGGUUCCAGUGCUGAGGGUGAAGAGGACGGCGGGCAGAUCAGCGCAGGCAGCGUGAUCCUAAUUGGUACGACAGUGCACAACAUUCCGCGGUCCAGCGCGCUGAAGCUACUGCGGAGCUGUAAUGCAGGGACCCAGCUGCUUGGCGUUGACACAUCAUCCAGCACGGCUGGUGGAAGCAAGGAGCAGGAGCAUUUGCGGUUGUCUCGGGUAGGAGAAGUGCGCAAAGCUUUCUGCAGGUCCGAUCAGCUUUAUGAUGUACCUGCGCUGGUGAGUUCCUGGCGGCCUCAAAACUGGCACUUAGCCACGGAGUCCUUGCAUGGGCCCCUUGGCUCCCAACUCGUCGCUUCGUGGCUGGGCUCUGAGAGCCCACCAACAGCAGUCAAUGUGCUGCUGCCGUUGCAGCCUCAAUCAUGGGCCCCAAAUGCUGGUGGCGAAAGCGGCAGCAUUGGCGUUUCUACAGCCAGCACCCCGGAGGGCGAUCUUGCAGCGCUGCUGGGCACCAACUGUCGCUUGCAGCACAUGACUCUGGUGCUGUUGCCAUCCAGUAAGGCCCUUCACGGCGGUGGCAAAGACACCGUUCCGGACGGCAAUGCAGUGGCAGUGCCUCAUAACGGCCUUAUGCCUGCCAUUGGCAGCAGCAGCAGCAGUGGAGGCAUGGGGACGCUUGCCACAUCUGUCACCCGGUGUGAAGAAGCCGUGGCCUUCAUCAAGAAGCUCGCGGCUGCAAUUCGUGGCAGCGCCGGCGGCGGCACCAGCCAUAGCCUAGAGACGUUCAAUCUGCUGCUGGAUAUGCCGGGGCUUUCACCGCCUCAGGAGCUGUCACUGCACAGCGCACUGCAGGACCUCUGGGCGGCGCUGCAGGUGAUGACGUGGCUAACACACGUCAAUGGCACGCCUAUAUCAGCGGCUGGCGUGGCAACACCGCUGGUGCGCUGGCUACCGGCGUUGCUGCUUGAGACAGAGCUGCCCGUUAGCACGGUGGUUGCUGAGAUAGAAGACGGCACGGCGCCUGUGGGAGCCAAGAAGGGUGGCGCGGGCGGCACGGCGCUUGUGCUCGUGGGCGGGUCGCCCAACAGUGAGGAGGCUGCGGAAGGAGCUGUUGCGCUUCCAGAAACCACCGCCAGCUUUGCUCAUGUGCACCUCCACGACCUCGGGGCUGUGAACGAGCUCCUUCUGGCUGCUCUGCUACCUGUCGGCAUGCUCCCUGGCGUCAGCUUCAGUGUCAGCGGUCCCGAGGGCUGGAACAACGGCGACGGUGGGGGUAGCAUAAAAUCAAGCAUGGCUCCGACUAUGCAGAUCAAUGCGCAACUGCUCGAAGGCCGCUGGGUACUGGCAGCUGCUCUUGGGCACCAUGCGCUGCGCUGCAACCGCGAGGGCUGGGAUAGCUCCCACCUGCGCAUUGAAGUCUCGUCUUGCAGCAGCAGCAACAGUAGCAGCAACAACAGCAGCAGCAACAACAGCAGCAGCAACAGUAGCAGCAACAACAGCAGCCACGGCAGCAGCAGCAACAGCAGCAGCAGCAGCAUGGAUGACGAGGUGCAGGCUGGUGCCUCCAUCGCUCACACAAUUCAGAUGUUGGAGCUGCUGGCCUGUUUGCUGCCCCGCCACUUCCCGCAGCUCACGCACCUAGACCUCUCCUUCUUGGACCACGUAUCGUACGAGGUGCUGCCUGCCCUGCACGCAAUGCUGCGGCAGCUGCACCUCACGCACCCGGCACUGCGGUGGGUCUGCGGUGUUGAGCGGUGCGGUGUCGCACUGGGAUCACAUGCAACACGCUCGCCUGUGCCACCAAGCGCCACGCCGCCGACGUGGGCGCGGCCGCUGAGUGCAGCAGUAGCGCGCGUCGUCAGCAGCCGGGGCUGUGGCGCAACUGAGCCACCCCCGGCAGCUGUGCCGAGUGAAGAAAUGGCGGUGUGGGAUCUGGCAGGCGCCAAUGCCGAUGGAGCCGCUGACUGGCUUCGCCAUCAGGUGGAGCUGGGCUGGCGGCUACCAGGUCGUGAGUGCACCCUGCGCCGGCUGACUCUCCAGCAUGGCUCGUCUGGCUUGGCGCUGCUGCAUGGGCUGCAGAACCAACUGCAGGCACUUGAAGAGCUGCGCGUUUGUGGCAUGAGCUAUGGAGAGUGGCCCAUCAGCUGUGGCCUGGUCCGCAAUGACCUGCUGCUUCUGGCACGCCUGCUACCGACUAUGCCGCAGCUGGUUUCACUAUUGGUGGAGUUUCAGGCUCCAACCGGCAAGAAGGAGAAAUGCGCAACUGGCCAUAGAAUCCCAAAAACCCCUGCGCGAACCUGCUAUUUGCGCAAGAAGCUGCUAGUAGGGCUCAACGCAGUGGCUGUGAUGGCGGUGCGGCACCCUAACCUGAAGACACUCAAUGGUGUGGAGCUGGAGCUGUACCGAGGCAAUUCCAGCAGCAGCAGCAGUGGAUCCAUUCCCGGAGCCAUGACGGUGAAUGGUGCUGCAUCUCCCCUCGAGCUGGCGCUGCGUAUCGCUGUGCUGCUAUCUGCGCCAGCUUCUGUGACAGCGGCAGUUCGGCGGUUGUGCGUCCGUUAUCCGUCCCCGCAGCAACAGUGGGUGUCGCUGCACGCCAGCGCCGCAGCUGUUCAGUUGAAGCCCGCAUUUACCCACGACGACUGCUCUACUGGCGCAGCUAUUUCCCUUGCUGCCGUCGCCGCUGCACUUCAGGAGGCGGCUGCGGCGUCGGCGCCCUUCGGCAGGGGCGCCUGUGUUGCAGCUCAGGACGGCAGCGAAGAACAUGUUAAAAGCAAGCAGCACGGCGAAAUUGCGGACCAGCAACAGGCGAAUGUCUGCUCGCAUCAGUCAUCCCUGGGCUGGACUGAUUAUGCAGUCGCGCCACUGCUGCGAUACCGUCUUGUUCAGCUGGUGGAGUUGCAGCUGCUGGGCGUGCCUGCCAGGGAAACGGCGGGCUGCCUGACUGAGCUGGCGGACGUCCUGCCCAGCAUGGUGCAGCUGCGUUGCCUGGAGGUGCAGUACGUGUCGCAUUGUGCCGCCGCUUUUGAUUCGUGCAUGCUCCUGGCCGAGGCCUGUAGUGCCCACCCAGCGCUGGCGGUCGUGAACGGCGUCGCAUUGCACACCGGUGACGCAGCCGUCGGCUCACAAAGUUGCAGCAGUGGUACUGCAAACGAGGUGGCGGUGGUUGCAGUUGAGGGCGGCGACGGGCGGGAGCUCAAUACCUGCAUGCAGGUGGUGUUAUUGCUGCAGCGCGCGACCCAGCCGACAUGCCCGGCACUAUCAUUUAAACUGGUGAUGUCGGACAGUUCCAACCGUCGCGACGCCAGCCUGCUUCUGGAGAGCUUGUCACGGCAUAUCAUGCGACGAGUCCUGGCCCUGGGCGCCGCUCUGCCGCCCAAAGCCCGCAGCGACCUCGAAAGAGCACUUGCAUCGGGCGAGGUAGCGCUGGCACUGCAUGGCACUGUGAUGCUGGCGCGUAACAAUGCGGGCAGCAGCUGCUCGACGGACCCGGCAUCUUCAGCGCUGCACAUCAGCGCUCUGUCGGCCAUGGUGGUGAAGCUGACGGUCAAGGAGGGAAAUGCCCCGCUCUUGCGUGCACUCCGUGCCCUGAGCUGGCUGCUGGCGCCUGCCGUGGCUCCGGAAGGUGUCUUGCAGGAGCUCUACGUGCUCUGCUCCUCCAAGGAACGCCUCUCGUGGCAGCCUGGCACUGCUGAGGAUGAUCUUUGGGAUAUCAAGCUGGAUGGCGUUUCCAGGCGGCGCCUGGAAGCGCUGGUGGCGUGUGAUGCUCAAGGCAGCAAGGCUUCAAAGCUUCUGGAGGGUCUUGUGCUUCGCUUGUUACGGGACCGCGGCCUGCGAAAGGUGCGCCUCACCGAACCGCUGUCUGGCAUCCUCGACGUCCUCUGUUCCGACGCUUGCGCUGGCAGCGUGGAGGCUGGGCCGGAUGGCCUGACACGCCGACUCCUGGCGGCAGCAGUGGAAACAUCAGAUCCCUGCCGCGGCGCGGCUACACUCCACGGUUUGCCGUUGGAACUGCUCAGGAGCGGCCGCGUGCGUGGAGUGUACAUGGACGGCGGCAUGCUUGCGCCCGAGAACGGUGCAAGGUUGAAAGCGUUCACGCUGUUGGUCGCACCGACGGAUGCCGGCAACACCGACAGCAGCGAGGCUGCAGAGGAGAACGAGGAGGCGGAGGAGAACGAGGAGGCGGUGGAGGCAGAGGAGAACGAGGUGGUGUUGGAGGAAGUGCAUGUUACUGAUGGCCAGCUGGCGGCGGUAGUGGCGCUGGCGCUGCUCCCUCCUGCCGCCUUUGCCAAUGUGCGGCUUGGCUCAGGCGCUCCUCGCUUGUUCAUCCUCAAGCAGCUCAUCCGCCUCAGCCCCGUGCUGGUUAGCACAGGUGCCCUCUACCUCAAGAGUUCAGCUCGAGCACCAAGGCCGCCAGAGCAGCUCCAGCUGAGCUCGCUUUCCAUGGGGACCUGCCCCGUGCCGGUCAGCAGUGGCGUGUUCCGGCAGCUGCUGGUGCUGCUGCAGCGGCACUGCUGGCCACAUGAUGACAGUUUGCAAACGGUGGAGGUCACCCUAGCUGCUCCAGAGAAGUACGGGUCAGGCGCAGACGAUGACUUCCGGGACUUUGCGGUGGCGUUGCUGCACUGUCCCAACUUAAGGAAACUGUCGUACAAGUACGCCCAAAUUUACUACGGCCGGACUACUUCGGACUACUUCGGCCUGCUGCCGUCCUCUGCUGACGAUGCGGCCAAGUUCGACCGCCUUGCACGUGAGCUGAUGCAGAUGGCACUGCCGCCCAUUGACGUGCUGCGCUCAUAUGGCAGCUGGCAGGGAAUGGACCUGCGGCCCUUCCUUGGAGACAGUGGGGAUGAAGCCAGCAGCGAAGGCGUCACAGCGCCACUCACAGCCUUGGAGUUCGAUGGUUCCAAGCUCCUCAUCAGCUGGGAUGCACCCUUGCUGUCUGUGGACACGGCAGACCGUGUCCUGAGCUACAACCGUUCAGAGAGGAAUGCCAUCCUCGUGCUUGCACUGUUGCGCGCUAUGCCGCGCACCUUCCGAUGGCAGCAACAGUAUGGGGUGGACAACGAAGAAGCGCUGCUGGUGGCGUGGCGGGUGAGAGACCUCCUGCAGUCUUCGCCUAGUAGUGCGCCGGUGCCAGAGCAUCUGGAGCUUUCAUUCCCUCAGCCAGCCCACCAGCGCGCUGCGCUGCUUCAGUCACUGAAGGCGCGGCCUGGCUGUCAAUCUACGUUGCGUGAGCUGGGCAUGGAGCUGGAACGAUGUAGAUGUUCCUAUAAUGAUGGUGAAUGGCUCGGUGCCGUCCGCUCCACGGUGUUGGAGCUCGCCUCGACCUUCGGUUCUCUCACCGAGCUGAACUUUGACUUCCGUGACGAGUAUAGGAAGAUCCUCGAGUCCCUCGCGGAGGAACCUGGGAGGGCCCGCAUUAAGGUGGAGAGCGAGGACGCAUUCAUGGCGCGGCUGUUCAGCAGCAUCCGGGCGGAGGCGCUGCGGCAGGACACCUUCCAUGGCCUGCCGGUUCAGCUUGCAGCGACCGGGGCAUUUUCACGCAUCGAGCUGAGCCGCUGCAACGUCAAGCUGUUCAGCGCAGCUACUAUGGAACCGGCGGCUAUUGGUGGCGGCUCAGCAGCAGACGGCGCAGCUACUGCUGAAGAAAGCCCGGCUGCAAGCUCUGGAUCAGCUACCUCCUGCGCAUCAUAUGUCGUGACUCCGCUGGGCCCCUUGGUGCUUCUUGCGCUACUGCCCGCGUUGCCUCCUGCGCUGGUUGUGGGGGGUGACUUCGGCUUCCCGGUGCACUGGCUGUUCUGGCGCCUGCGGCAGCUGUGCGCUGCAAGCAGCAGCGAGUGUGCUGCUAAUGUGGCUACGACCGGAGGCAAAGGACAUGAGAGCUGUAGCACGCCUGCAGAUGUAAGAGGCGCCGGCUUAACGGUGCUGGAACUGAGCGUCGGCCAAACCAGUGACAAGGAGAAACUGCAGCUGGCAGCGCUGCUGCGGGCUGCCACGGGCUUGGAGUCGCUUAAGUUUUCGUUCCAGACGUAUUCCCGCUGGACGCACCGGUGUACCGAGACCCAAUGGCAACCUCACGUGGAGCUGGCGGCAGCGGUGCUGCAGGCGCCAGCGUUGCACGAGCUCUCCCUCCUGGGCCACGUUGAGAAUGAGGACCCCAUGCCUCUUACGUCAUUUAAGAAGCUGGUGACUAUGGACCUUGAAAGCUAUAAAGACGCCGCCCUGGAGGCGCUAGCAAAGGCGCUGAGCGUACCGCAGGAGCUACUGACGCGGCCACCACAGGAAGUUCUCGCCUAUGUGCGCGAAUUGAGGGAUGGGCAGGCGUUUUCCUACCGCUGCAAACUGAUGCUGGUUGGACCGGGCAGCUCUGGCAAGACCACGCUGGUCAUGCGGCUGGCCCACGACGAGUUCCGGCCGGACAUCGCAACUACGGACGGGCUGGGCGUUCACGAGUGGGCGCUGCCGCUGACGGUGGAUGCGCUGCGAGACGCGGGCGCGGAUGUCCCGGCGGGCAGUCUUGGGACGAACGACAAGAUGACAUUCUCGUUGUGGGACUUUGGCGGCCAGGAUGAGUACAACAGCACGCAUGCGUUCUUUAUGGCCAAGCGUGCGGUUUACCUUAUCGUGUACCGGAGCCGUGACGAUGGCGAGCUGGACAAGCUUACAGCCUUCAUGCGUCGCAUCCAAGCACUCGCGCCCGGCUCCCCCAUGGUGCUCGUCGGAACGCAUGCGCUCGAGGCCAUUGACAAAGAUGGAGGCGUCUACGUUCCGAGGCGGCCGAAGCAGUCACAUUUUAAAGCCUUCCCGAGCCUGCACAAGGAGGCAAUGUUCAUCAGCAACAAGACAGGCGCUGGUGUGGAUGCGCUGCGGCAGGUGGUGCUGCGCAUGGCGCUGCAGCAGCCGGGCACUGGUGAGCGCUUGCCUGCGUCCUUCGUCAAGCUGCGGCAGCAGGUGCGACUGGCGGAGCAGUCCGUCGGUGCUGGCCGCGAGCCGCUGAUGCCUCUGCCGCAAUACGAGGCGCUGGCGGCGGAGGUUGGCGUCAGCGAUCCUUCGCAGCUGCACGUCUUUACCUCGCUGCUGUGCGACUUUGGCGACCUGCUGCACUUCGCGUCGGUGCCGGGCCUGGACGACGCGGUGGUGCUGCGGCCGCAGUGGAUUGCGGAGGUCAUGGCGCAUGUAGUCACCAAGAACAGCCGCAAGCUGCAGCAGCUGAAUGGUGGGCGCGUGGAUCGGACUGCGCUGCUGCAGCUUAUGCGGGAAGUGAGUCCCACGCGCGCGGAGGCACUGGUGUCGCUGAUGCAGUGCUUCAGCCUCCUGCAUGCAAUUGAUGAGGACAAGGUAUUGGUGCCGCCGAUGCUGCCAGAAGAGUCCAGCUCGGAGCUGCUGUACGAGGAAGCUGACAAGUGCCAAGCUGAUGAGCGCGCCGGUUGGCGCUGGUGGCACGCGCAGUACGCCUACAGCUACCUGCCCGACGCGCUGCUGUGCCGUACGAUGUGCCGGCUGUUCGCGUUAAGCGAGGUGGCGGUGCUGGAGGCGUGGCGCUUCGGCGCGGUGCUGCGCCGUCACGGCCACCUGGUCCUGCUGACCCAGGGGUCAGCCAUGUUGGGUGAGCGCGACACGCUGAAGCUGACCGUGACUGGUCCAGCGCCCGAGAACCUCGGCGCGCGUGUGUCUGAGAUCCUCAAGGGCCUGCUUGCUGAGGCGUUCCCCGGUGUCAAGCUGGAGGACAUCCAGUACGGCUGCCCACACUGCUCGUCAUGCCAUGCCGAGCGCCUUGGGAUUUUCAGCUUAAAGGCGCUCAAGGCUGAAGGCGCGAGUGCUGAAGGCGCCAAAAAUGCCGGCGGAAAGGUUAAGUGCGGCACUUGUGGCAAGGAGACGGACCUGGCCACGAUGGCGCUGCUGGACGGCCAGGCGCAUCCCUGGCACGCGGCGUUGGCGCCGCCGCCACUGCCGCACGCGGCUGCCAUGGCGGUUUCACAGCAAGGAGCCGCCGCGUCCACGAGCGCAGCACGCACGAAGCCUCCUCUUGUGCCUGCAGGUGCGAAUGUCAACAAUCCGCAGAUGGAGCGGCUGGCGAGUGCACGGGAGGCCGCGAACGAGCGCGCGCUGUUGUCCACGCCGCAGCUGCCACCGCCAUCAAACGAAACCCAGACGAUCGCGAUGCUGCUGGAGAGGAUCCUCGUCAUAAACGAGCGCGUGGUGUCGCUGUCGGCGCAGUUCGGCAGCGUCCAGGCCUCGCUGGCCACCAAGAUUGACGGAGCCGCCGCCAAGCUGAGCAGCCAGUUGGGUGGCGUGCAGAGCUCGCUGGAGGGCGCAAUGCAUGAGACACAUGAGGACAUGGUGCUGCGCGUGCUGGCGCUGCACCGCACAGUGGUGGAACAGGACGCCAAGCCCAUGCCGGCGCUGCACGUGGUGCUGCCGAAGCAGGGCGGCGGCGCGUGGUGGGACCUCAAGGGCUACGUCAAGGCGCAGUUCACGCUGCACCUGCUGUGUGAGGAGCCCAGCGGGCCGCACAUCAACAAGGACCACCCCGGCUACGAGAUUGAGCGGCCUAAGGAGUGGCUACGCAAGCACGCGGGCGCGCUGCGGCUGCUGAGUCACGGUCUGGGCAUGGCGCUGGCCGCAGGCGCUUUGUCGAUCACGGGCGCGUCGGACCUUGGGCUGAGCCGGCUGGGCGAGAUGGUGGACACGCACGUGCUGGACGAGCCGCUCAAGGACUUCGACAAAAUGAACGAGCUGCUUACGAGCAUCCAGGAGGAGGAGCAGCGCUUAAAGGGCGGAAAGGCAGGGCAGGCGCUUCCACCGCCACCGCCAAAGGACAAGGCGGCGAUGGCGGCCUGGAUGGCCCAGCACCAGAUGGACGUGGCGGGCUGCCACGAGAUGCGGCGGGAGAUUGAGCUGAUCAUUCAGUCCAAGGACAACAAGUCCUGGGGCAACCUGCAGCCUGUGCGCCCGCUUUCGGGCGGCAUGCUGUGGCUGUGCAAGUGCCAUGCCGCGCUGCACGACACCUUCAAGCUUUGAUAAGGAGCCGGCCGGGCCGCUUUGCCCAGGUGUGCAACUUUUUAUGACGUGACAUCUGGGGUUGCCAGACUGUCGCAGGACAGCUUCAGGCAGUGAUGUGAGAAUGAUGGACGGGUCUGAUAACGAAAUGUUUUGUCCUACAUACGGUACUGCCGGAGAUGCUCUACCAGGGGCUUGCCUAUUGAGGCCUUUGGUAGUCAUGAUAGUUCGGAUGGCGGCGGUGCAGGCUAAGGGCGCGUGUGUUGUAUAGCCCUGAAACAGGUUCCCUGCGAGUCGGUUAUUACCUGCAGCGUGCGAACUGGGGGGUUCUAGCUUGUCCUGGGGCUGGCCCCAGUCCUUGCGGAUGCAUUACGGCUUGCUCUUCCUGGGCGCCUUUGGCAAUUGUGGCCGUUAAUCCGUUUUGAUGGGUCCGCUGCAUCAGCAAGCGCACCGGCGUUCAAACAAUGUUCGCUUGAUGGUAGAUACCGUGCUGAUGUUCAUCUGAUGCGUGUUGGACACGAGCACGUGCUGGUGCCCGGGGGAGAAAGGCUGAGCUGUGAUCUGUAUGGGUCUUUCCCCCCCCCCCCCGAGGUGUUAUCAGGAAUUGGAAUCCAGUAUUCGGCUGCUGAACUCGCGCCAGUGAGGGAAAGAAAACCACCCUUUGCCUACGUGGUGUAUCUGGAAUUCGUAGGUGCGGUGGAGUAGCUAUCCCACGCCCCAGCGGCUACAAACGCAAUUGCUGCUCUUUAG